AUGAAACUCCUUCUGCAAGCCCCUCUGCUGGCUCUCAGCGCCGGCUGCGUCUCGGCCGCAUCCAUCUCGACAUCCUCGGCAGACGCAGCAGCUGAUGCCUUCACUCUCUCUGCCACCCUGGGUCUCCCAAGCGCGCCGGCCAGCUUGAUCCAGCGCUUCACUACCUGGCUAGGCGGCAAUGCGGCUCAGGUGCAAGCCACCUACGAGUCUCUCGGUGGCCCUGUGGAAGGCAGCGAGGACAAGAGUCUGCUCGAGAUCAUCAAGUCCACGCCCGACUUGUCAUUCUUUGCUAAAAUCCUCAACUACAGCUCCGACUCCACCAAAGAGUUGCUAGACGGGGGCAAAGACAAGCUUACCUUGCUAGGUGAGCUCAUUAGAGCACGUGCCGACAAGCCGGACAUUGUCAUUUGACGCGUCGCUGACGUACUCCGUCUUCAUUUCCCUUCUCCUCAGCACCACUCAACUGGCAUCACGAUGACCAUGCCGGCUCCGAUAUUGACUCUACCACAGCUAGCAUAUACGGUCCCCGCUCCGUCAUUGCCCACUGGGCUCACCUCGAGUCGUCUGUGGACGAACUGAGCCCAUCAUCUGGAGAUGACGAUGACGAAGAGAAGCGCAAGCGUCGCGCAGCGAUUCGAUACCUGAUCGAUCUGACCGUGCGCUACCACCUCAUCGCACCCGAUACGGGCGCCGCCGUCACCGCCAAGCAGAUCGCGGCAAAGAGCAGUGUCGCCACUGAGCUCGUCAUCCCGGCAAGCGCGGAGAAGUAUGUUGGCAAGCUGCUUGGUGGAGCACCUUUCCGCCUCAGAAGUGGAAAGAGCCUGCUCCCUCGCCCCGGUGUCUACUUCAACUUUUUCUCUCGCCUGGUGCAGCCUGAUGUGAAGGCCUCCGGAGGAUCGAUCUUGCACGCGGUGUCCCUGCCCCUGCUCAUUCCUCCAUCCGAUUUCCAGACUGUCCUGUUCGGCAGCGCAUACAAUCUUGGCGCGACCGCUACGGCUCUCUACCGUACUGGAGGCGCUGGCUUCUUCACGCUGCCUCACCUCAAGCAUGAUGAUGAUAAGUCGGGACAUACUUCGGAGUUCCUUCGAAUCCUCGAGGAGAAGGAUGAUGACGGAUACAAAGCUCCUGCGCUUCCUGGUCCUGGAGAGCCUGGCAUCACCUUGUUCGCCCCAACCAACCUUGCUUGGACCAAGGUACCUGCCCGCUUCAAGUUCUUCCUUCUAUCUCCAUUCGGCACCAGGCUUUUGGCCAAGGCUUUCAUGCUUCACGCUCUGCCCAUCAACAUUGUCUAUGCCGACGCGGUUUAUCAAUACGAUUCCGAUGAGGACAAGGCAGCUUUCCCAAUUCACGGCAAGCACAGCGUCGAGCACAAGCCGCUUCCAGUCAAUGUGACGACGUACGAGCUCGAGUCUGCUCUGCCGAAGCUGAAGCACAAACAUCACCAUGACGGAGAUGCUGACGCCACCAAAGGACCUUCGCGCGAGAUCGUCACCGUUAAAGUGUACCGCUACCCCCUCGUUCCGGGUGGCGGACCUCUGCAGACGCGUGUCGAGGUUCAAGGAGUGCCCGUCGUCGUCCAAGAUAUCCCAACGGCGAACGGUGCUGUCCACCUUAUCGACAGCUUCAUCAUGCCCAAGGGGCACGAGCAUGGCAAGUCUAUCGCUCCAGGCCAGGAGUGGGCAAGCGAGAACCUUUCUGGCGUGUGGAAAGAGAUCGACGAAGAGAGCGCUAGGCUCGGAUUUUCUGAUGAUCAGAAGCAUCAAGACCUCUGA